AUGCAAAGCGUUCAGCGGCACUUUGGCAAAUAUAUGAGGAGGAGUGCUGACGAGCAUAAUGUCUCCGUAUUGCUCAAAGAUUUUGACGAGGCCGAUCAUUUGUUGGCCAAGAUCAUAGAAGCAUCCAAAGCCUGGAGCGAGUCCUGGGUUUCCAUCUUGACCCACCAGCAUCGCAUCUUCGAAGAGUUUGAGGCUCUCUACAAUCCUAUCGUUGGGGCCGGCGAGGACUACCACGGCCAUGUUGCUGUUCUCACCCCCGAACCUAUCGUCCGCCGAACAAACCGAAUACGGAAUGAGUAUGGCGACCUGAAGAAGGACUUGACCGAAGACCUCAACCAAGUCGAAGAGAGACUGAUUAAACCUGCUCAGUCCGCGAAAGACGAUCUGCAGUUGUUCAGAAAGACCAUCAAGAAACGAGAAGACCGAAAGCUGGACUUUGAGAGAUAUCAAUCUCGGGUGGACGGUGCCCUCAAGAAAACAAAGCGCUCCGAGAGGGAUAACGCCGCCUUGCUAAAGUCCCAGGCCGACCUGGCUGCUGCUACAGAGGCAUAUCAAGCGGCAGAUGAUCAUUUGAGGAAUUGUCUACCCCGUCUGUUGACCUCUGUCUUCUCUUUGCUCCCUCACUUCCUCGCUGCUCAGAUUCAGAUCCAAAAUGGUCUUUUGGGGCAUUACUACACCAUGUUACAUGCUUAUUGCUCCGAGGAGGGUUUCCCUUCCCCGGCCCCGCCGAUGGAUGAGGUAAUCCGAAUGUGGGAUGAUGCGUUCAAACCUGUCCAGCAAGAAGCCGAGUCAUUGCCCUUCCUGGCCAGCGGGAAGGCGGUUAGGAUGCCCAUGAAUCAGGAAAACGGCCACGGUCCAGGUCAUACCAAUGGCUAUCGGCGUCCCAGUGCUACAUCAGCUUUCAAUCGAACGCAAUCAGUCUCUCCCGCCAGAGCCCUGCCUCCAUCCCCUUCUUACGAUAACAAACCAAAGAUUGCCUCCUCCCCAUCCGGACUGUCAUUACUCUCUCCACCAACCCCUCAAGAGACCCUUCCAAGUCCAUCGCCAUCCACUUCACUCUAUCAGACCCCGAUGUCUUUCUCCCCUGCCGGACCAAACGUCGACUAUUUCUCACGUGACCGGCAGCCGUCGAGUACAUCACUGUCAUCUGCCAUUUCAAGUUCUAUUGCGCAGAAAAAGAGACCUCCGCCCCCACCUCCAAGACUUCCCUCUCAACCAUCAUUGUUCGUAACAGCUUUGUACGAUUUUGACGGCCAGAGUGUGGGUGACCUGAUCUUCCGGGAAGGUGACAGGAUUCGUGUACUCAAGAAGACGGAAAGUACGGACGACUGGUGGCAGGGUGAGCUAAGAGGUACCAAAGGGCCCUUUCCUGCCAACUAUUGCCAGUGA